AUGGAGUUCAGUGCCCUCCCGGCUGUGGAGGCAGGGGCUGUGGAGCUGCUUGAGUUUAGCUGGCCGCUGGCGCCUGACCCGGAGGAGGAGGAACAGACAUGCAUUGCUUACGUGCUUAUGAAGCGGGCCGCUGGCUUCAUCGUGUGCCUCCCGUGUGGGUUCCUCCCAGAGGCAGUGGUUCAGGAGGGCCAGCAAAACGACGGUGCCGAUGGGCUCGGCCCCUCCUUGGAGCUCACGGCUCCGGCGGUCAGGCUGGGCCAGAAUGGGGAUUGGAGCGCUGCGGAGCUCGAGGCCGCCGUGCCUGCUAUGGUGAUAGAUAUGCCUGCCAGUGCCGCCUCAGCUUUCGCUCGGCCGGACCUGUCUGCUUUUGGUGGGGUCCCUUUUGUGCAGGAGGACCCCGGGCUUUUCCCUUUGGCUUCGGACGUUUUGCGGCAAACUCAGGAGUGGGCAGAUGCUUUCCUGCACGAUGCCCGUUCCGGGUACCAGACGGCUGUCGAGGAUCUCCUUCCCCUCAGGCCAAAGGGUCCAAAGGCAAAGAGGCAUACCGUUGCCACCUUGGCGCAAGAGCAGGCGAACCUGCAAGAGCUCGUGCGUGGUUUGGCCGACCAGCUGGCAGACCUCCUCCCGCAGGGGGCGGCGGGCAGCAACUCCCUGGCUCAGGGCCCCGCCGCUCCCCCACCAGGUCUAGGCACAGGUGAACAGGCACAGGUGCAUGCACAGGUCCCGGCCUCUCGACUUGCCGCUCCUCUUGCGACGGUUCUCCCUCCGAGCCAGCAUGUUCCGAAGGCGCUCUCUCAUGUGAUCGGGCCCCCUCCUCCUACUCGGCAGGCUCCGAAGCAGCCCUCUUCCGCGGUCGACUUGGAGCAGCAACUUGCAGAUACCAUUGGAGGAGGCGAUCCGCCGCAAGAGUCCUCGGCCUUGGCCUCCGCGGUUCUUGCCCAGAGCCAAGCCCUGGUCAGCCUCGUGAGCCAGCGGUCCGAGGCGCGGCCGGCCGCCAGAAGCUUCAACAGGACCUUCAGCGCCGGGAUGGACCCCUCGGGGCUGAUCACUCCGGAUCAUCCCACUAUGAUCCGGUACCUGGAGCGCUAUGGAAACUACGGCAAGCAGAGGAGCCUAGGCCUAAUGGCGUGGAUGGUUGCCCUGGCGGGGGAUCAGCUUGCCCGCGGCGCUCCCGAGUCUUGCUCCGACACCAUUGCACUGUUGCAGCUCAUGAUCGAGCAGGCCAACCUCGACUCCGGCGACUUCACUUUUGCCUGGAUCCUGGCACUGCAAGCCGAUCCUCCCGGCAGCCUUUACCAAGACGUUGCUGGCUCUCCCAGCCCGGCUGCAAAAGCUUUCUCGCCGCUGGCGGAGCAGAAAUGGGUGACAAUAGCGCUCUCCUUCCUGAAGGAAGUCGAGGUUAUCACUGCCAGGCGAGCCGAGGUGCAGCCUCCUCCCAAGAAGGCUCCGCAAGGCCCGCCCCCGACCGAGGUGCCAAAAGGUCCCAAGGCAGGCGAGGAGGCGCUCACCAAGAAGCAGCAGAGGGCUGCGGCAUGGGCGGCCAAGCGGGCCGCGCAGGCGAAGCUGGUCCUGAAAAGUGGGACUGCCUUCGGGCAUUUUCUUCGUACCACGCUGCCCUUGCGCCGCGAUGCCUCCCUUGGUGUCGCUACCGCCUUGUUUCCGCUUCCCCUUCCGGCUGAAGGUGUUUUCCAGAAGCGGUCCCGCAGGCGCCCUUCCAAGAGAAGGCUGCCCCAUCUCGUGAGUGUUGUGCUUCAUGUCAUGGUGAUGGCGUUGAACUUCUUACACGCUGAUGGGAAGCACAUACCACCUGUGUGCCUGCGGAGGCCCCCGUCGAGCUUGCAGACCUCUGCCUUCCUUCGACUGCGGGAGCUUAUAAAGGCGUGCGCCCGGCUUGGGGGUACUACCCUCACUUCUGGGCGACGCGGCCUUCAGCUUGCAGCGCGACAUGCUGAACUGGUCGCUUUCAUUCGGGCUUCGGGCCUGGAUUUGGAUGGCUACGCAAAAGGAGGCGGCAGAGCCGGGCCCUGCCCUAGUGCUGCCGUUGUGCCCCUCCUGCCGGGAGGACCUGCUGAGCUUGCGCCCUACCGUGACAUCGAUGCCUCCAGGCGCCUGGCCGCUUGA